AUGCCCUCGCCCUCGCCCUCACCCAAUCUAUCUUUUACCAUUCCACCAUCUGUAGGAGAAAUACUAGGAGCCUCGAGGAGGUUCUCCAGCGUCUCAGAUAGGGCACAGAGAGAACUUUUAAUCUUCAUAUUCCUGCACCACGAUCAGGUUCUGUUGAACGACUACUUCGAGAGCCUAGUACGCCUGAGUUACGAGAACACUCAGAGGGUUAAACUCUUGAAAGGAGCAGUGAACGUACAGGAACAAAACCUGCAUCUCAUCUUGCAGGAUUAUAUUCCCUCUCUCCUUGAACUUUAUCGUAUUCACCCUCUCUCAUUCCCAAGCAUACCCAGUCGACUUCUCCCUUACAAUUUUGAACAUACCUUGCCUUGUGGUAUUGUUCUAAGGAAGAAGCCCAAAGAAGAACCCACCUACAACAUCCCCUCCUCAUUUUCUACAAACAACUACUACAACAUCUACUCCACUUCUCCAGUCCACUAUCAACCCAUCAAGUACUUUUGCAUCGGCAACCAUCUCGACAACCUCUCCAUCAUCAACUACUUGAUGCGACUCCGCUGUACUCUCUACCUCCCCCAAGUCGAAGAUCUCGAAGCAUUCGGACCAUGUUUUGGUCUUCAACACAGUACCUCUGUUAUCAUCGUCACACCUGCUACCAAAGAUCAGAUCCGACAAGUUGUUGCUGGUUUAGCUCAAUUUGAUCAGCUUAUUGCAACUGCACAGAGGAAAGCUCGUGACGGGGAAGACUACACCGCUGAUAUAGACAACAUCCAAUAUGUCUCCAAAUACGUUGAGAAGUACUACUGGGUCUUAGAAAUCCUCACGCCAUUCAUUGUUAACCAGCGAUCAGAUUACCCCGAACACUUCAUCAUUACUGUUUCCAAAGUGACUUCUGGGCCAUUGCUAAUUAUAGUCCAAAAACUCAUAUCUACUCGCAAUCCUCGUCCACCUACCAAGAAUCCACCACCUGAAAACCAACCUGACAAUUGGUACAAUCAAGAGUCUUUAGACCUUGAACCUGAUCUAGCAGCCAGAAUGACCAACAAAUCCAAUCAAGGCAGCAAGGCUGUCCUUGCCUCUCCUCUGUUCGAAUUCAUCGGCAAAAAGGAAACAUAUGUUGACUGGAAGAACGUGCUAGCAAACUACUUCAUCGCAUAUCCCCAAAAGUUUCCAAACUGA